GUUGUUUGUGGACAAGAUCACACCUUGUUUCUGACCGCGGCUGGAGAGUUGUACAGCUGUGGGAUGGGAGCUGAUGGACAGACAGGUCUAGGUCAUUAUAACUCUGAGCACCGUCCAACCCUAGUACAAGGUGACCUUCAAGGUGUCAAGGUGAAGGACAUAGGUGGUGCUGUGGACUGUGUGCUGGCCGUAUCUGAUAAAGGAGAACUUUUUGGUUGGGGAAACUCGGAAUACAACCAGCUGUCGAUGAUAACAGAACACACACAGGUCAAUGUACCCAGACAUUUACCUGUGCACAGCUGUGGGAAAGUAAAGAAGGCGGUCGCUGGAGGAUCCAUGUGUGCAAUGUUAACAG